UAGGAACACACACACAGACAUACAUCAAAAGGAAGGAAUCAACAGAGAUUGAGUGACGAAACACGCAUCGCUUGAGCCAAAUUGAAAGUGGUGUCCAAAUCAGGUCUGGAUCGACUCUCAUCGGACCCCUCGGGCGCUGGUGGGCCUCUGUUAACCCCAGGCUUGCCAUUGUGAGUGAUAUUGGUUGAUUUGGGUGGUCGUCGGGGUUUGACGAAGAGGUCAAGAUGGUGUUGGCCGAUUUAGGUCGCAAGAUUAAUGCGGCCCUGCAUUCCCUGUCCAAGGCCACGGUCAUCGAUGAGGAGGUGCUCAAUGGCAUGCUCAAGGAGGUGUGUGCGGCCUUGCUCGAGGCCGACGUCAACAUCCGAUUGGUGAAGAAACUCCGGGAAAAUGUGCGAUCCGUCAUCGAUUUUGACGAGAUGGCCCAAGGACUCAACAAGCGCAGGAUGAUCCAACAGGCCGUGUUUCAAGAACUCAUCAAAUUGGUGGAUCCCGGGGUCAAACCUUAUCAGCCCAAGAAAGGCCGCUCCAACAUUGUCAUGUUUGUGGGUCUCCAAGGUUCGGGCAAAACCACCACGUGUACCAAAUUGGCUUGGUAUUAUCAGAAGAAGGGCUGGAAGGCGUGCUUGGUGUGUGCCGACACAUUUCGAGCCGGAGCUUACGAUCAAUUGAAACAGAACGCCACCAAGGCCCGCAUUCCGUUCUACGGCAGUUACACUGAAGCCGAUCCCGUGGUGAUUGCGGCUGAGGGCGUGAAAAUGUUUCAAGAGGAAGGUUUCGAGAUCAUCAUUGUGGACACAAGUGGUCGCCAUUAUCAAGAGGACGCAUUGUUCGAGGAGAUGUUGGCUGUGUCCAAUGCGGUCGAGCCGGAUAACAUCAUCUUCGUGAUGGACGCCUCCAUUGGUCAAGCUUGCGAGUCCCAAGCCAAGGCCUUCAAGGAGAAGGUGGACGUGGGCUCCGUGAUCAUUUCCAAGUUAGAUGGCCACGCCAAAGGUGGCGGUGCCCUCUCGGCCGUGGCCGCCACGCAAAGUCCCGUGAUUUUCAUCGGUACGGGCGAGCAUAUCGACGACUUUGAGCCUUUCCGCACCAAGCCAUUUGUUCAGAAGCUCUUGGGUAUGGGUGAUAUCGAGGGUCUGAUCAACAAAGUCGAGGAGCUGAACUUGGACAACAAUGAGGAGCUCAUCAACAAGAUCAAACACGGCGAGUUCACCCUUCGUGAUAUGUACGAGCAGUUCCAGAACAUCAUGAAAAUGGGACCUUUCGGCCAGAUCAUGGGCAUGAUCCCCGGCUUCAGCCAAGACUUUCUGACCAAGGGCUCCGAACAAGAGUCUAUGGCUCGCUUGAAACGACUCAUGACCAUUAUGGACAGCAUGAACGAGGGCGAACUCGACCAUAAAGAUGGGGCCAAGGUAUUUUCCAAGGAGCCGAAACGCGUGACUCGUGUGGCUGGUGGCGCUGGGGUCAUGGAGCGAGAGGUCCAAGAACUGUUGAAACAAUACACCAAAUUCGCUCAAGUAGUGAAGAAGAUGGGCGGUAUCAAGGGCUUGUUCAAGGGUGGUGACAUGUCCAAGAACGUGAAUCCUCUUCAAAUGAAUCAACUCAACCAACAGAUGGCCAAGAUGAUGGAUCCCAAUGUCUUGCGGCAAAUGGGCGGUAUGAACGGACUUCAGAGUAUGAUGAGACAGUUGCAAUCCGGGUCGGGCGGGCCCGGGGGACCCGGCGGACCCAUGGGCAAUUUGGAUAAACUCAUGAAUAUGAAGCGAUGAAACGAAUAAUACAAGGAUUUUGUUACAUUUUUC